GUUGGGAGGAGGUCGACUUGGGGACCAUGGAGACCCAGAGGGACAGCACAUCCCUGCAGCGGUGGUCACUGUUGCUACUGCUUCUCGGCCUGGUGGUCACUCCAGCCACCUCACGGACCCUGAGCUACAGGGAGGCUGUGCUCCGUGUUGUGGAUAGCUUAAACCAGCUGUCCUCAGAUGAGAAUCUCUACCGUCUCCUGAAGCUGAACUCAGAGCCUCAAGGAGACGAGAACCCAAACAUCCCACAGCCAGCAAGCUUCACUGUGAAGGAGACUGUGUGUCCCAAGACGACACAGCAGCCCCUGGAGCAGUGUGAUUUCAAGGACAAUGGGCUGGUGAAACAGUGUGCUGGGACAGUCAGCCUGGAUGAAGACAAGAGCUACUUUGACAUCAGCUGUGAGGAGAACCCGGAAGUCAGCAAAUUCGGCGGGCUGCGCGAUCUCCUCAGGAGAGCACGGCAGCGUAUUGAAAGAAUUGGCAGGAGAAUUGGGAGAUUCUUUACCAAGUAUCAGCUGCCCCAGGAAGAGUCCUAAGGGUCUGCUUUACCCUGGCUCAGGUUUCAAGACCCUGAAAAAUAAAUUUUUGUGAAAGCAA